CGUCGCGGGGCCGCCAUGCCGCCCAAGUUCAAGCGGCACCUGCACGACGACGAGGUCACGGGCUCGGCGAGGAGCGAGCGGAGGAACCUCCUGGAGGAAGACUCGGACGAGGAGGAAGAUUUCUUCCUGAGGGGCCCGUCGGCGCCGCGCCUCGCAGCCCGGAGCGACAAGAUGAGGCAUGUCCAGAACCAGGUGGAUGAAGUCAUUGAUGUUAUGCAGGAGAACAUCACGAAGGUAAUCGAGAGGGGCGAGCGGCUGGAUGACCUGCAGGAUAAAUCAGAAAGUUUAUCAGACAACGCAACAGCUUUUAGCAAUAGAGCCAAGCAGCUUCGAAGACAGAUGUGGUGGCGAGGUUGCAAGAUGAAGGCGGUCAUAGCCCUGGUGGCAGUCAUUCUCCUGCUUGUGAUCAUCAUACCCAUAGUCCUGAAGUACCGUUCCUGACUGGGCAGCUGGAGGCUUCAGUGGAACUGGCUCUGGGAUAACCAAACUGCUGUGUAAUUUAAGUGAAAUAUCUGUAUAUAGACUUGAAGUUGUUUCUCUCGAAGGAGAAGGUGGUGGCAAAUAGCCAGUCCUAACAGAGCAUAUUGAGAACUGCCAAAUGASCCUUUUUUUGGUCAAGUACCUGCUCCUGUUGUUAGACCUCUUUUAUAACAGAAGAUUCAGCUCCCAAACCACCCAUUUUGCAGAAUUCUGUGUCUCUGUUUUGGAUCUAGCUACUUGCCAUUACGGUUUAUCUGUAUAUACGGUUAAGUUGUAAUGAUACAGUCAGAGCAAUUUCCCACUGCUGGUGCUGGAUGGCAGAGGGGACUCUGUCCUUUCCUCGGAGCAAUGGAGGGGAAACGUCUAAAGAGAAAUGUACCAUCAUGUUACACACCCCUUCUGUGAGGAGCUCUAAGGGGGUGGUUUUCUCAUGUUAAAAAAAAAAAAAAAAAAAAAA